AUGGAGUCAUUCCCGACCACGGAGCAGCCCGACGAGGGUUACAGUGAACACCCUUUAUCAUCGUCUUUGGAGAAUACCUUCGGCCCUAUUGCUGAUUCCCACGAUUCCGCAAGUUUUGUGUCAUGGUUGACACCCCGAAUCUCGAGCUUAACUAUUGCACAGAAGAAGCAGUUGGCCAUGUCGCUCCUCAGUGAACUCCCCACCACAAUCAUACAAGACAUCGUCGUCGAGCAACUGAACCCCCGCCUCUACAUCGACUUUGUCCAUCAACUGCCUGCCGAGAUCUGCCUCAAGGUGUUCGGAUACCUCGACCCCGUAUCGCUAAUAAAUGUUGCCGUAUGCUGUCGGGCAUGGAACAAUCUGGCCCUCGACCACAAGCUAUGGGAGCGCCUGUAUCAUCUCGAGGGUUGGAAGGCCAUACCCAAAGAGAUCUCCAUGGCUGAGGCCCGGACGAAUUCUCGCGAGGCGGCAAGACAUUCCGGAAUGAUACAGCCACAACGGCUACGGUCAUCUGAAUAUGGACAUGUUCACAAAAAGAGAGCCAUCUCGGAUCCGGCCCAGGAAGACGUGCAGCAGGACGCCAUGGACAUCGACAACGAUGAUGACACGGAAGUGGCAGGCGCUGGCGCAAGCUUGUUUGGUGGAGGUGUGCAGCCUGGUGGCAGUGCGUCCUCUUCCAAGACUACUGGCAGUGUAGUGCAGCAUCUGGGACAUCUAAUGAUGGAAUCGCCAAGCCCAAUGCCCGUCGACAGGAAAGGCAAGGGCAAAGCGACGCAAAUCUACGACAGCCCUGUCCCAUCGAUAGUGCAGCCCGACCUGCCUCAAUCAUCGCUGUGGGUCUACGACUCUCUGAGCGACAUAUAUCGAAUCAACUGGCAUUAUCUAUACACAAUGCGCCGGCGCCUCGAGUACAACUGGGAGGCGGGAAAAUACACCAACUUUCAGCUUCCGCACCCAGACCACCCUCAUGAAGGCCACAAGGAAUGUGUCUACUCAUUGCAAUACGAUCCGGACUGGGUAGUCAGCGGAAGUCGUGACAAGACCAUACGAAUCUGGAAUCUCCAAACUCGCCGCCUAGCGCGGAAGCCACUCAUAGGUCACCGCGGUUCGGUUCUGUGUCUUCAAUUCGACGCCGACCCGCAAGAAGACAUCAUUGUGUCAGGCAGCAGUGACUCGGAUGUUAUUAUCUGGAAGUUUUCCACAGGUGAAAAACUGCAAGUUCUUUCCUCUGCGCACAGCGAAUCCGUCCUCAACGUCAAGUUCGAUAAGCGCAUCCUGGUUACAUGUUCUAAGGAUAAGAGUAUCAAGAUAUUUAAUCGACGACCUUUGCGGGCUGGCGAGGUGGGCUACGGAAACAUUGAAGAGCUCGUUGGACCGGUACCCAUCAGCCUGAAGAACUAUGGAUACGACGACACACUCCUGGCUCAGUUGCCGAUCAAGCCUGCCUGGACCCAGAUCGGCUGUCUCGAAGGCCACGGCGCUGCCGUGAAUGCGGUCCAGAUACAUAACGAUGAGAUUGUGUCAGCUAGCGGAGACCGACAUAUCAAGGUCUGGGACUGGCCGCAGCAGAUUUGUCGUCGAACAUUUUUGGGCCACCACAAGGGUAUUGCUUGUGUUCAAUACGAUGGGCGCCGCAUCAUUAGUGGAAGUAGCGAUAAUGAGGUCAAGGUAUUUGACCGAGAGACUGGUCUUGAAGUUGCAACUCUGCGUGGCCAUGUUAAUCUCGUGCGCACCGUGCAGGCUGGCUUCGGUGACUUGCCCUACAGCGUAGAGGAGGAUCGCAAAGUUGCCAAGGCAAUUGAUGACGAGUAUUUUGCGGCCAUUCGCAACGGCGCUCUGGAUGAUUCCCAGCGCAGUCGAGGCAAAGCUCCCAACGCGGGUAGCCGGCGACCUGAGGAUAUCACAGCUUACGGUGCAAAACUACCUCCAGGUGGCGGAGGUGGGCCAUAUGGACGCAUUGUAUCUGGCUCAUACGACCAGACAGUCAUGAUAUGGCGUCGUAACAAGGAGGGAAAAUGGAAAAAUGUCCAUAUUCUCCAGCAGGCCGAAGCUGCCACGAAUGCCUACCGACAAUUGAAGCGACUGUCGACCAAUUCAACAGCCUUUGGCCAGGUACCAUCACCCAGCCGCUCGCCGAUUCCGAGUGGGAGCAACGCGGCUUUGCCCUCUCUUCAUCACAAUGCGCGUCCCCUUGCAAGACACCCGCCGCCGCCCCCAGCUCCCCCAGCCAGUGCUCCUCCUGCAAUGCAAAAUGGUGCGGACAUGAGACACGUCGAGCGCCCGACUGCCGUUCCCCAGACGACAGCGACUUAUACGAGAAUGAUCGAGGAUACUGUGGCAGAAGGGCCGGCAGCCCUUCAACAAGCAUUGGGCACGCACAGCACCAUGCUGGCAUACAAUUCCCAUAUCCAGGCAGCGAUCGACAGAGUGCCUGAUAUUGCAGCUCGAGCAGAACUCAGAUUAGUUGUUUCCAUUGCUAUUCAGCAAGCACAAAUGCAGCAAGGCCGGAUCCGGGACUCUGUACAACAAGCAAUGGCAGCCCCGCUGACAGAGCGAUCUUCUUCGCAAGGACAGGCCGCACCAGCACAACUGGCACAGCAAGCCCCCUACCCGCGGCCCUCGAGACAACCUUCUCGCCCAACCAAUACUUCCCUGUCGCGAAAUCAGGCAGGUCGGCAGAUGCUUCCGAGUGCUGCACACCUCAUGGAAUCGGCUGAUUCGGCCACGUCCUCUUCGGCCGCAGCAAGCCCUACGACAACGUCCUUGCCUCGAAGCUCUGUGCAAGCAUCGGCUGGACCGCCGACAAUGGCGGCUCAUCAUGCUGGGCUUGCACUACUGGAUCAACAAUCACAGCCGCCGCUGGUCGUAGGAGCACCUCCUCCCGUCCCUGGACCUUUGCACAUUCACCAUCCCCACAUACCACAGAAUGACCAGCAAGCUCCAAGAGUUUUCAAAUUGCAAUUCGAUGCCCACAAGAUUAUCUGUUGUAGUCAGACUUCGACAAUUGUGGGUUGGGAUUUCUGCAAUGGUGACAGUGAACUCGAGGCUGUCGCUCGCUUCUUUGCUCCGAUCGAGUAA